AUGUCGUGGGUCGACACUUUACCGACUGCGUUGCAGAUCAAGAUCAACCAACUUGUAACAGCUCAGCCUUCGAGCCAGGACAUUCUUGAUGAGCUCUACGAGCACUUGACCAGCCCCAAAAAGAGGAAAACUCCUCAGCGCAAACCUAGAGAGUUACCUUCCGCUAACAACGGCCAGCCCAACCCACACCAUGUCAAAUUUACCGGCCCUGUGAAUCCACAAGAAAUCAUUUUUCAGUUGACAAACUUGUCCUUUGGCUCCCCAAUAAGAAGAAAGUACAACCUUCUAUUCCAUUUGCUCAUCUCGCCAGACAAUGUCCCGCAUCCAGUGCUUUCGAUCGUCAACAUAGCAACUCAGACUCCCGAAAUGUCGGUUACGAGUCUCAAAUCGGCAAUCAAGCUUUGCAUGCUUGCUCCUAUUUUGGGCCAUUCCACUGUGCUGUCGAAGAAAGAUACGGCUAUGUUGUGUCUCUGGCUCAACGAUCACGCUGCUUUCGACGCCAAAAAUGACCCUAUCAUCUGCAACAUUAACCUAGACGUCAUUAAAAAACAACUUAUUGAAGAUGGCAAGGUGCCUCCUCAUGCGGAGCACCAGGUUGGUGAGGAUGAUUCUGAGGGCGACGCUAUAAAGCCCAUCAAUGAGCAAAUCAUAUUCUUCUUGCAAAGGCAAUUUGGAUUAUGUGGUAUUGAGCUUCAUAAUUUUAUGCCCUUGGCCAGACCAAUGCAGAACACUUUGAAGUUCAACGCUGAUACCGCUAUCGCCAUCUCAACUAAGGGUAACAACAUUUGCGACUUCGUGGCGGCUAGUGCUUACAACGGCUCCAAAGAAGGCAGUCUUCUCCUUCUCAAUACCAACGAGGAGACCGCCUUUAUGAUUUUUGGUUUCAAAAAGCCUGUUCUUCUCAUAGAAUUUUCGACCAUCAGAGAUAUUUCCUAUAAGGACAUCACCCGUUUCACAUUCAACAUGUUGGUGACUAUCGCCAGCGCCGACGGUGAGGAUAAGGUUCUUGAAUUCAGUAUGAUCGACCAGCAAUCGUACCAGGAAAUCGAUGAUUUCGUGAGAAGAAUGAAGAUUCAAGAUAACUCGUUUGAUGCCAAGUUGCGUGAGAAGCAAACCGAAAAUAAAGAAACUGAUGUUGUUGAGCCUGCCCUACAGGAAGCCGAAGCUGGUGGCGAUAGUGACGACGAGGAAGAAGAUGGAACCUACACCGGUGGUGUUGAGGAAGGUGAGGAGGACGACAGCGAUAUGGAUGCGUCGGCUAGCGAAGGCAGCGACGGCGAUGACUCUGUGAGCGAGGAUGACGACGAAGACGACGAUGACCUUGGCGACGAUAAAGCUGACGAAGAGUGA